AUGACGUUUCUGUGUUUUCUCUGCACAAAAACUAUCGUCUUCGGUGGCGAGGUGACCUGGGCGGUCCACUGCGUCCAGUGCGGACUCAGCUUUCAUCCUUCCUGCCUCUCGCGCGCUGCCGACUUCGCCAAGGACAUUCCGAAACAGAUCGACUUCGCGAACGAGCAGCUGAGCGAGCAAAACGUCAAAGAAGACUUCGUCUGCGCGAUCUGCCACUGGUUCAACAACGAGGAGCUCUUCCUUGCUCCUUCGCAAAAGAAGUGCCCGAAGAAACUGUCGAAGGUCAUAAGAACAUGGUCGCAUAUCUUAUUUAACUGGUACGACGAGGCUGAGUGGCAGGCGAGUGCUGCCGACAAGGAAAAGGUCGAUGUCACGAAAGUCAUUUCUUCGCAUUUAAUUAAGCAAAAACUGCUUCAAAAAUUCAGUGGCGGGGUGAAUUCGGCGACUGGGAGGGCAAAUCCGACUCCGCUGAAGCUUUCGCUGCCGAACGGAGACAAAGACUUUCCGCUUAUCUCUCUGGCCGACUUGCAGGCUUUGGUGAUGGACGAGAAGAUCAACUGCGUGCGCCAGUUUCUGUUCAUUUUGCUUUGCUGGCUCCUGCUCAUCCGGGCGUCCAAAGACAGAAACAGCAUCGACUACUCGCUGAUCUGUUUCUCCGAUUUGAUGAGAGAAGUGCAGGAGUAUAUGGUCUGCCCGGACCACCACCUCAACAUGGACAUCCUCGCCUAUGACAAUCAGUGGAUUUCGUCCCCUAAAGAUUUCAAAAUUCCGGAGCAGUUUCUGAUUUGCGCCAUUCCGCACAAGUUCGCCUUCCUGCAGACGGAGACAGACGAUCGCCCGUGUCUUGUCCAAGUCCUCGGGAAAAAAGCGAUCGGCCAAUACAGAGUUUUCCCGCUUUUCGACUGCGAUGCCGAGAGCUUUCCAAUUCUCGACUUGAGUGGUUACGUCGAAUUUGUCGACCACACCGAUCUUUUGAGCAUUUCGGCGAGUCAGCUUAGAAAUUUCAAGCCCCAAUUGAGCAGUUCGAUGCCGAAGAAAGAGCAAGAUGAGUAUUUGGAAGAGUUCCAAAAAUUCCUGGACGAGCUGGAGCGGCGAGGCUACGAUUUGGACGACCUGGUCGAUUUUUCACCUGACGAGGUUGUCGCCCGUGUCGCUUCGGUGCACACGCAGACGCCUGUGGCCGAUUUUCCAGAGCCCGAGGCGAGUUUGAGAGACAUCGAGCAGAAACUCAAGCUCCUACAAGUCGAAGAGCAAGGAAAAGCGAUCGUCGAGAAAAUCGAGCGAGAAGACGCGGAAACAGCGAAGCCGCCGCACUGCGCCAUUUGCUUCUUCGAAAAGAAGGUCAUCAACCAGAAAAGCGUGGAGCUGUGCUUGAAUCCUGAGGAGCCAGCAAAGGCGCUCUACUUCUGCUUCAAGCUACAGUGGUUCCUCUGCGAGCCACACUACCAGCUAGGCGAAGAGUACGUUCGAAAAAACACGCAGAAGAGCAACGACAGCUUCAAGGACGGCAAGGAGCUGCAAAAAAGCUGCCAAUUAAUCACCGAGCUGCAAAAAAGCUUCAACUUCGAAAACAAGGAAGAAAGUUGA